AUAGGGUGAAACUCAUAGCCACGUUCCCAAUUACUGGUCUAAAGUCUCCGACGCGGCGUAUGCAGGCUCAUGCACGUUUCAUACGCAUAGUUUUGGACACAUGCCCCAAUCCUUAGAGCAAUUGAGGCUCACUCCCCUCAUUUCGAGCCUAUAUAAACCCCCAAUUCCUCCUCUCUUGGUUCGUUUUCCUUGUAACCACAAUUAAAUUAUUACACAAUGUUUGGCUUUGGCGAUCACGAGGAUAAACACCAGACCGUUUACGGCGGUGACGACCAUGAGGGCAAGUUCUCUCACGAAUUGGUGGCUGGCGCUGCCUCUUUCGAAGCUGCUAAGUUGUUCGAAGACAGACAGCGUCGCGAAGGGAAGCCAGUCUCCCAUGCUUUCGCCAAGGAGGCCCUUUCUGCCUUUGCCGGUGCGGAAGUUGACAAGUUGUUUGAAUCUAAGGGCUUAGACUACCUUGACAGAGACCAGGUUAAGAACCAGGCUCGUGACUUCGCCCAGCAAGGCUACGACCAGCACUACGGUCAGUCUGAGCAGUGGUCCGCAGACCAGAACCCUUCUGUUAACUACUAAGUGGAGGAUUUAUAUGAAUAAAUAUGACCAGGCGUCA